AUGCCCAAGGAUGCUGAUCUGGCUUUCAGUGCUGCAUUGUUUGAAAAAGCAGAGUCCCUUUAUACUCUGAUCUCAGAAUUUUUUUCUUGUUUUUGUGUGUCUACCUUGGCAUAUGCUAAAGUAAGUACUCCCUCACGUGUUGCUAAAGCAGUUGACCACACCAAAAUGAGUCUACAUGGUGCUAGCGGGGGACAUGAACGAUCAAGAGAUAGACGAAGAUCAAGUGACAGAUCACGAGAUUCAUCUCAUGAAAGAACAGAAUCUCAACUCACUCCUUGCAUUAGAAAUGUUACUUCUCCAACACGACAGCACCAUGUUGAACGAGAAAAAGAUCACAGUUCCUCUCGUCCAAGCAGUCCUCGUCCUCAAAAGGCAUCUCCAAAUGGUUCCAGUAGCAGUGCUGGGAACAGCAGCAGAAACAGUAGUCAGUCAAGUUCAGAUGGUAGCUGCAAGACAUCUGGGGAGAUGGUGUUUGUAUAUGAAAAUGCAAAAGAAGGAGCUCGGAAUGUAAGAACGUCGGAACGAGUAACACUAAUAGUGGAUAACACUAGAUUUGUUGUAGACCCAUCCAUUUUUACUGCACAGCCAAAUACAAUGUUGGGCAGGAUGUUUGGAUCUGGCAGAGAACAUAACUUUACACGUCCCAAUGAGAAGGGAGAGUAUGAAGUGGCAGAGGGAAUUGGCUCCACCGUGUUUCGAGCUAUUCUGGAUUACUACAAAACAGGAAUAAUCCGUUGUCCUGAUGGUAUAUCUAUUCCUGAACUGAGAGAAGCAUGCGACUACCUUUGUAUUUCUUUUGAAUAUAGUACUAUUAAAUGUAGAGAUCUCAGUGCCCUAAUGCAUGAGUUAUCAAAUGAUGGUGCUCGUAGACAGUUUGAAUUUUACCUGGAAGAAAUGAUCCUGCCUCUCAUGGUAGCUAGUGCCCAGAGUGGGGAAAGAGAAUGCCACAUAGUAGUCCUUACAGAUGAUGAUGUGGUUGAUUGGGAUGAAGAGUAUCCACCACAGAUGGGAGAAGAGUAUUCACAAAUUAUUUAUAGCACAAAAUUAUAUAGAUUUUUCAAGUACAUUGAAAACAGAGAUGUGGCCAAAUCAGUUUUGAAGGAGAGGGGUCUUAAGAAGAUUAGAUUGGGAAUAGAAGGUUAUCCUACCUACAAAGAAAAAGUAAAGAAAAGGCCUGGGGGCCGCCCAGAAGUGAUUUACAACUAUGUCCAAAGACCCUUUAUUCGAAUGUCUUGGGAGAAGGAAGAAGGAAAGAGUCGGCACGUAGACUUUCAGUGUGUAAAGAGUAAAUCUAUUACCAAUCUUGCAGCAGCUGCCGCAGACAUUCCCCAGGACCAGUUGGUAGUCAUGCACCCAACUCCACAAGUGGAUGAGCUGGAUAUUCUCCCUAUCCAUCCCCCUUCUGGCAACAAUGACCUCGAUCCUGAUGCACAGAAUCCAAUGCUGUGAUGCUGAUGUUCCUUGAAACCAUAGCAUGCUACUCUUCACGGUGACGCUGCACUCUCCACAUUCUGCACUGCAAGGCCGCUCUCUUCAUCGUGAGAUGCACAUGCCAAUGUUUAGGAUAUUGCAGUGUAGGCUUUUUUAAAGACCAAAGGUAGCUGAAUGGUUUUUUUUAAAUGAGUACAACUCUAGCAUCCUGAGGUUCCAGUUAUAUAAAUGUAUUUGUUUACCAGUAGGUUUGUGAAAUUGGUUCUUUGUAUGGGGGAACAGUCCUUUUUCACACAUCUCGAUAUUUUCAGAAGUGGUGAAAAUUGGCACCUGGGGUAUUUUCAGCUUAGAUUGAUAUUCAUCACACCCCAGAUAAAAUGUAGAAUAUUAUAUAGUUGCACUUUAUAAAUGGUGGUUAAAUGGAACUGUUCAAGCCAUUUUUAUAGUUGUGAUGCACAAUAUAACUGAAAUAAGUGCUUCUAUCAAAGUAUUCCUUCAGUAAAAUGUGUAUAGUUUGCUGCCUAUGAUGGGCAAAAAAGGAGUAUUUAUCAUUGGGCUGAUUUGAAUGAUUUGGAGGAGACCCAAUGCCCGUAUCUUAUUUCUCUCCAAUGCUGUUUUUGCCCUUUUAGAGUGAGUCACAUGCAGGAAGUGUGAACAUCAGAGGUGGUUUAUUAUCCAGUCUGCCUUACCCUUAAUCUGUUCAGAUAUUUAUUUACUAAUUUUUUUUCCUUAAGAGUUAUGGGAUAGGAAAAUGAAGUGUUUGCUCUUCAUUUACUAAAUGAUUGUAAACUCAAGUUUUUCAUCAAAAUAAAAUUCCACUGUUUUAA